AUGCAGACCUUUACGCGUGACCAGGUCAAGGAGCACAACAAGGAAGAGUCCCUGUACAUCGUUGUUGACAGCAGUGUCUAUGACUUGACAGACUUUGUCGAUGCACACCCAGGUGGCGCCGCUGUCCUGCUCAAUGCCGAGAUUGCUGGCCAGGAUGCGACUGACCAAUUCUACAACUUGCACAGGCACAGCGUCAUCCAGAAAUACGAGUCCCUCAAGAUUGGAUCUAUUCAGGGUGAGAAGCCCAAGAUCCGCAACAUGGUUCCCGGUGACUUGUCGCAUGUUCCUUACGGCGAGCCUAGCUGGCUCCUCAAGGAGUUUGACUCUCCAUACUUCAACGACGGCCACCGCAAGUUUCAGCGUGCCGUGCGCAAGUUCAUUGAGGAGGAGAUUAAGCCGAUUGCUCUCGAAUGCGAGGACUCUGGCGAGCGUCCACCUGCAGAGCUCUUCAAGCUCAUGGGUAAGCCUGGCAUUGAAAUGAAUGCCAUGCGUCUCGGUCCGGGCAAGCACUUGCACGGUCGUGUCCUUGUUGGUGACAUCAAGGGUGAAGACUACAGCUACAUCCACGAGAUGAUUGUCAAUCAGGAACUUGCUCGUCCUGGUCCUGCUCGUGGCUUUGGCGAUGGUCUUAAUUCUGGCAUGUCGAUUGGUUUGCCACCUGUCAUCAACUUUUGCAAGAAUGAAGAACUCAGGCAGCGUGUCAUCAAGGAGGUCUUUUCCGGUGAGAAGAACAUUUGCCUUGCCAUCACAGAGGCUUUUGCUGGUUCUGAUGUGCGUGGUAUUCAAACUACCGCCAAGUUGUCUGCGGAUGGCUCACACUACAUUGUCAACGGCUCCAAGAAGUGGAUCACCAAUGGCAACUUUUCCUACUACUUUACAACGGCUGUCAAGACUGGCGAGAACCAAUACUCUGUUUUACUCAUUCCUCGCAUUGAGGGUGUCGAGACCAAGCUGAUCAAGACUGCCUACUCGACCACUGCAGGUACCGCCUACGUGACAUUUGACAAUGUCAAGAUCCCAGCUGACCACUUGCUCGGCGUUGAAGGCCGUGGUCUACCUGUCAUUCUCUCCAACUUUUCCCAUGAGCGUUGGAUGAUGUGCUGCUCCAGUAUCCGCAUGCAGCGCAACAUUUACGAGGAAUGCAUGAAGUGGGCCAACCAGCGCAAGGUCUUUGGCAAGCUUCUCAUUGAGGAGCCUGUUAUUAGGCAGAAGCUCGGUCGUAUGAUUACACUGUGCGAAUCUAGCCAGAGCUGGCUUGAGCAGGUCUCGGACCAGAUGGAUAAGAUGAACUACGACGAGCAAAACAAGUACCUCAAUGGACGUAUUGCGCUGCUUAAGAUGUUUGCCACACGAUGCGAGGGUGAAAUUUCCGACUUGGCCGUGAGUAUCUUUGGUGGUCGUGCUUUGACCAAGGGCGGUAUGGGUAACCGUGUCGAGAACCACAUGAGGACAUUCGGCUUCAACAAGGUGCUCGGUGGUGAGGAAGGUAUCUUGGCUGACUUGGGUGUCAAGCAGGCUUGGAAGAACAUGCCUCAGGAGAAACUUUAG